AUGAAAGGACCCGAGAGAGAGGACUUGUUGGUAAAUUUGGUAGUGAAGUUGAUAAAGAUAGAACAGUUGUAUUGAUAGAAGCACCACUGGCUGUGGUUAUGCAAAUAGAUACUAUGAUAAAAG